AUGCCAGCUAGUUGGUUCAUGGUCUAAAGCCAGACCCAGAACCUUUAUAUAAAGACAGCCCUCUGUCCAGAUUCCUUAGCCUGGAUGACUGCUUACCUGAGAGCAGGGUCUUCUCCAUCGCCUGCACCAGAACCAUGUGUGACCAGCAGCAGAUGCCGUGUUGCCUGCCACUCCCGCAGUGCUGUGUGAAGGGAUCCUACAUCUGUACCCCCGCCCCAUACACCACAGGUGGCCAGGUACUGGUGCAGGCACCCUGUGAGGUGCAAGUGGUGGAGUGUCCUGCACCAUGCACAGUUCAAGCUUCCCAGGUUCAGACCCAGGCUGUGAACCAGGCAAAGACCACCCCAGGGAAGGGCCAGGUGGUAAGUCAAUCCAAGGGCUCACAGAUCACAAGCCAGGCACAGGUGUCCAGUGCCCAGAGCCUGGCUCCAUGUCAACCUGAGGUGUCCUACAUCCAGUGUGAGGCCUCCGGGCCAAUGCAGACCUGCUACGUGGGCUGCUCCCCAGUGUGCUACACUGAGACUUGUUAUGUGGAGUGUCCUGUUCAGACCUAUGUCCCCCGUCCCGCGCCACAGCCAGUCCAGAGAUAUGUCGCCUGCCCGGCCGUGUGCCAGCCUCAGGAGAGAUUCUCCACCCAAGGUCACUAUCAGGGUUCCCACGGAAGCUGCGCGCCCCAGCUCCAGUCCAGAGCUUCCUAUAGCAGCUGUACACGCCAGUUCCAGAGUGGGCCUUCCUACAGCAGCUGUGCACCCCAGUUCCAGAGUGGGCCUUCCUACAGUAGCUGUGCACCCCAGUUCCAGAGUGGGCCUUCCUACAACAGUUGUGCACCCCGGUUUCAGUCCUGGGCUUCCUACAACAGCUGUGGACGCCAGUUCCAGAGUGGGCCUUCCUACAGCAGCUGUGCCCCCCAGCGGCAGUCCCGGGCUUCCUUUGGCACUUGUGCACCCCAGUUCUAUCCGUCUCAGCGCAGGUCCCAGAGCACAGGCAGGUGCCUUCCUUCUCGCCAGCUGCAGCCUGCCUACCGCAGCUGCAGCCCACCGCGCAGGCCUGCGCCCAACUACAGCAGCAGCUGCAGACCCUCAGGAUGUUCUUCAGGCUCCUACAACUACUGCACCCCACCGCGCCGCUCAGAGCCCAUUUAUAACAGCAGCUGCUGCAGCCACCCGCAGGCAAGCAGCUCCCAGAGGUGCGGCCCCAAGUGCCGCAUAGAGAUUUCCCACCCUUGCUGUCCCAAGCAGGUGCCCCCCCGCAGGUGCCCUGCUCAGAUUCCUCCCAUCAGACGCUGCCCAGAGAGCUGUGCCCCAAGACCAUCCUGGGGGGCCUCCUGCCCCCAGCUGAGCCCCUGUGCAGAGCGCGGUCCACUCCCCAGCUUCCGUCCCCACCGCGGGGGCCGGGACCAUUGCCCAGAGCCAUCUCUGCGGCCCUGUCCACUUCCAGUCCCUCGUCUGUGUUCGCGCCCACAGCGGUGCCCAAGUCCGGAGCCACGGCCCUGUCCGCUCCCGAGACAGCAAUCAGAGCCCUGCUUGAGUUCAAAGCCACACCCAUCCCCGCGUCCCUGUCCGGUGCGCUGUGACCCCCCGCAGCCACUCCCGCGCUCCAGGUCCUGCGAACGCGGGGUGCCCUGCACACUGGGUGAGCCAAUCCCGCUGCCGGCGCCCUGCCCUAGCCCAGAGCCCUGCGGUGGCCCUGGACGCUGCCCCAGCCCCUGCUCCUGCCCAGCUCCCAGGCCCUGCUCUGGAGACCUGGGCUGCCGAGAGUCCAGCCCCUGCCACCUGGACACUGAGGCCCCCGGUUGUGCGAGUUAUGACCAAUGGCAUGAUAGUGGCUCCAGCUGUGGUCCUUGUGAAGUGUUUCCAGAGCCUCGGGGGUCGGGUGCUUGUGGAGAGCAAGGGGGUGCUGGUGUUGGCACAAAAGGUGGCUCCUAUUCUGGAAUAAAGGAAGCCUACUUUUAAAGGAAGCGCUGCUGGACAUCCCUGCCAGCUGUCCUGCGAAUGACUUCUGCCAGGAUUUCCAGCGUAUUUGUGCGUGCAUUUCUCUGGGCUUUUGGGUGAUGGUCCAGCUCCUAGCAUUCCAUCCAUGGAACACCUGUGUGGCAGACGCCUCUCUAGCUUCAUAUGCCACCCUUCCCCUGGGCACCUCUUUUGAGCUAGACAGACCGGUCUGGUCACCAGGACACAGGCAAAUGUGCACUAGAACAUGCCUUCAGUGUCCCUGCCGGGGCCCUGGACCGCCUUCUACUUCUCUGUGCAUCUGAAGCCCUUUCCAACACCUCUUCUUGGAAAUCUUUUCCCUGUCCCUUCCUACUUGCACAGCCAGCCUGGGACUCACAUUGUGGGCCACACCAUCCAUUUUGCAAACACCUUACAAAACCUCUUCAACAUCAUUUUAGUUUUCAGGUGUGUUCGUGGUACUUGUCCUACGAGGUUCUAAACGCUGUUUGGACAGGACCAGAAUAGACCUGAAAUUCCACACUUCUGGGAAUCGUGUGUUGGUGGCCCAUCUUACCGGGAAACCCCAGAACUGGGAACAACAAAAACAAAAAAAUGCCUUUAACCUAACUGAGACCUGCAUAAUGCCUGCUGGUUUAUUAAAACAUUGCCUUGAUGCUUCA